GGCAGUACUCGGUGGCGUAGGCACUCUGUUUGGUUAACGGUGUACGCGAUGGUGAGGGGGUGGUCAACACGACUACGAGAUAUCAAUAGAGUCUUAGGUGAACUCUGGUUACACCACCUCUGCUCAUCAAGUUUGAUAGUUGGAGAUGGAACUUCUCUCCUUUCAUCUCAACCUACAAUCUAUGGGAUGCUUAAUAUGCAGCUCCCGAAACGACAAUUUAACUUGGAUUGAAUUUGGUGAUUGCGAGUUCAAGUUCGAAUAUGCGUUACUUUGUUGUUAGAGAUGUAUUAUCUCGUCAUGCUCAAUCGCAUUCAAUAGAACGGGCUCUGUCUUCAAUAUGUACGAAGACCACUCACCCCUCGCUAGGUCCGGUCCCCCUCACAUGGGCGUCUCCAUUGCAUUGUAUGUCUGAGAACAACACGUUUCUACGACGAGCAUUCAGUAUUGAAAGGAGAACUCGUGAGUGGAUUAGGAAUCAGUCUUUCGUGGUUAGAUUCGCUAAUCUCGGGUUUAGUGGCGGAUGACAUUCCUCCAAGGCCGUCGAGAUCUCUCGCGGGGAAAGUCGCUAUCGUGACAGGAGCGGGUUGCGAAGGUGAUGGCCUCGGUAACGGUCGAGCAAUUUCGAUUCUAUUAGCCGAGGAUGGAGUCUCUGUCGUGUGUGCGGAUGUACACCCCUCAUGGGCUAAACACACCAGCGAGAUGAUAGAAGCAGAAGGCAAAGGGGAGAGUACUAGCUGCCAGGGAGACGUUACGAAGCCCAUCGAUUGUCAAAACAUUGUAGAUGCAGCGCUGUCUAAGUUUGGGCGAAUUGACAUCCUGGUCAACAACGUAGGCAUCAUGGGCGCCAGAGGCACUGCCACAGAAUUUGACUUGGAUCAGUGGCGUCGUGGGCUCGACGUAAAUAUCACAAGUAUGGCAAACAUGGUCAAGUUCGUCGUGCCCGAAAUGCGCAAGAAUACCGAGUCGCCAGAAGGGAUUCGAGGAAGUAUCGUUAAUAUUGGAUCCGCCGCGGGGUUAGUAGGGGGUACUCCUCAUCUGCUAUAUCCGACAAGCAAGGGUGCUGUUCUGAACAUGACACGCGCCAUGGCAGCGCAUCACGGAUCGGAUGGUAUUCGUGUGAACUGCGUCUGCCCAGGUUAUCUCUAUACGCCCAUGAUAUACGCAAAAGGAAUAAGCGCACAGACCCGAGAAGCGCGAAGAAACAGUACUCUCCUGCGAACAGAAGGUAAUGCGUGGGACUGUGCGACGGCUGUUAGGUUCCUGGCUAGCGAACAAGCUCGUUGGAUCACUGGGAGUAUUCUCACGGUGGACGCCGGAACAACCGCCGUGUCCGCUGUCGAACAUGUGUGAAGACGUAUUAAGGGGUUUGAUGGAUGACCGACGUUUAAUGAUGUGGACUUGAUAUGUGCUUUGACCCUUUACUUACAUGCUCGUUCUAUCGGUGGACUAUAUAUGAAAGUGCCUACAGCCAUCUAAUUCACAGUUGACUCUUGAUGGAUAGGGUUAUAACUUCAUAGGCCAGGUAGGUCCAUAUUAGUCUUGGUCAUAUAAUCCGGUAACGGACGAGUCGAC